UUGGCGAACGGUCGACCAGCGGACCGAGCGAAAUACAGUGCUAGAAACAGAGAAAGAAAAAGAGACAGAGACAGCCAGAGAGGCGGUGAAAGAGAGAGAGAGCAACAAGUUUGCCAGUGGAAAUUUUAGUAACGAAAUGCAGUGAAUACCAUACCCCCCUGACCAGUGAAUGCAACAAACUGGCUUAAAAACAGUCAAUAAACCGAUCUAAAUACAAAAAACUCGAAACUAUACAAAAGCCCAUUAUGAACACAAAGGCCGAGGCAGUGAAACAAUACGCUGAGUGAAUCUAGAGUUAAGCGUUUCGAAAAGUCAGAGUCAAAAACAAAACCAAAUUAAAAAUCAAAACCAAAACAGCAACAAGUGAAAGAUCCAGACAAAGACGGCCAGAGCGGGAGGCCGCGAGUGAGAACGAGACAGGCAACGACGAGACUUUCGCAUCUGAGGUUGAUUUUUGCAUGCCGAGAGAGAUACAGCUACGCUAGAGCUACAGAUUCAGUGAUCCAGUAGCUAGAGCCUGAGAAAAUAUCUGCAAACACCAUUACAUUGUUAUUGCCGAGACGGACAGCCAGUCAGAAAUGGAGUACGAGAAAAUGCUGUACAUGCCAGGCGGUGAGAUGCCGCACAGUCCGCAGCUGAAGCCACAUCAGUUCCAGGCCCAGACGCCGCCGGAUCAGUACUCUGCCUAUGCGGACAACUUCGACCUUUCCUUGCUGCCGCAGGAAUCCGCCCCCAUUCCCACCACCGUCUUCCAGUACAACGCUCCCCAGAUCAAGGUCGAGUGCACCUGGGACAGCCAGCCCCUGCAGCAGCAGACCGCGACAUCCUAUCCCGCCUCCAGCCACCAGCUGAUCCCGCCACCCGCCUACCCCCACAGCGCCUACCCCUCCCCGCAAUCCAGUCCGCUGCAGUCGGAGUUUGCGGCCUACGGAUUCGGUCGAUUUGGUGGCAGCUACGACAGUUUGAACAGCCCUUCGCCUUCCUUGGAGGCGGUCAGCAUUAAGCAGGAGCUGCACAUCCUACCGCCCUCUCCGCCGGAGUCCAAUUGCGAAACCCCCUCGCCCCGAUCCUCCUGCGGGGAGAGCAUCAAGGCGGAACCCUUGGAUGCGGACAUCGAGAGCCUCAUCGAUCUGAACACACUGCUCCAGCAGCAGACCCUGCAGGACACCAAGCCCGAUCACCAGCUGCUGCGCGAGUGCCUGGAGGACACCAGCUUCCAGAAGCGACACAACCUGAAGCCACUGGCUCUGGAAUCCUUCAUCGGUGGCUUGGCCGAGGUGCGCGGGGACUUUGAGCCGGUCAUUUCGCUGGCCCUGGAACAUGCCAAACGGGAGGCGGACGCCAUCUGCGCGGAGCUGCAGAUAUCGCAGGAUCCGAAUGGCUGGUCGCCCGCCCAAGUACACGCAUGGCUACGAUCCACCUUGGCCCAAUUCAGACUGCCACCGGUGGGCGAUUUGGAGCUGCAGUUCUGCGAAGACGGUGCCGCUCUGACAUUACUCAGCGAGGAGGAAUUCGUGCGUCGAUUGCCCGAGAGUGGGAGCACGCUGCACGCCCAGUUGGAGAUUUGGAAGAUGGCCUACGCCGACCAGCCCGCUCAUCAGCAGCAGCAUCAGCAUCAGCAGUCGCACCAGUCUGCGAGCACUGAUCUCUGGUCGGCCAGCUAUGCGAUGCCCAAUUUGGAUCUGGACUACAACGAGGACAGCGAAGGUGAGGAUGAAAUGGAAACAGAAGCAGCAAUCACGCCACUGACCAGCAGCUCAACUUCGCCGCCCGUAGCCACGCCCACCACCGGCGGUACAUCUACGGCAAAACGACCGAAUGGAGGACGGACCGGCGGCGGUGGCUCCCACAUCCACCUGUGGCAGUUCCUUAAGGAGCUGCUGGCCUUGCCGCAGGUGAACGGCACGGCCAUCCGGUGGAUCGACCGCAGCAAGGGAAUCUUCAAGAUUGAGGACUCGGUGAGGGUGGCCAAGUUGUGGGGCCGGCGCAAAAACAGGCCGGCAAUGAACUACGACAAGCUGUCCCGCUCCAUCCGGCAGUACUACAAGAAGGGCAUCAUGAAGAAGACGGAGAGGUCGCAGCGACUGGUCUACCAGUUCUGCCAUCCCUACAGCCAAUAACAGCUCAUGUUGGCCAGUUAUUUAUUGCUAGUUGUAAGUGGUACUCCUGACCGACCCACCUGUCCCGAUCCGUUAUGAUCCGUUAUGAUCCGUUACGAUCCGAUCCGAUGACUAUGCUCGACUAGCCUUGUGGGCCUAGCGAGUUCUAGUUCCAGUCCUUGUACAUAUCCACUCACAAUCUUGUUAGGCACGAAGGUAAGUUCGUGCAUCGAUUAAGUUUGGCUCUAGAUUAAGGUCAAACCUGUGCCCGCAGGCGAAGGUAAGUUCGUCGGGGCAGGGUUUUAAGUGACCCCCCAGUUUCACCGCAAUCGAUCGUAGAUCUAACUCCGAUCCCGCACUGCAGCUGGUAAUACGGCUGCAUCUGCGCAUGUUUGACUUACCGGCGACAUCUUUAUUCAACUGCUGCCUGUCCAUGCGAAGGAUGACGACCCACCAGGAGGAUGUCCUGUGGCUGGAGUGGCUUCUGGAGCUGGGACCGCCAUAAGUAGUCUGAGACGAAAUUGGUUUCAAGGUCGCAGCAUGCAGAGCUCUCCGCGAAAACGGCCACAGUCAACGGACUAACCUGUCGGGAGCAUCCUUCGCUGGCAGCAUGAAGGUGUCGAGGUAAUUUUAGGAACCAUAUAUCUAUGAUAUAUCAAAAGUAAGUUCUAUGAACAACUUAAUAAGCGAACAAAUGUUAAUAGUAGUGUUAAGGACCCUCGAUUAGCCAUAGGUUCCCUUGAAAGUUUUUUCUCUUCCCCGCAAAAAAAAGUUAAAAAUCUUUCGACUUCGUCCGAUUAUGCUAUAACUCACAACGUUAUCAAUUAUUUAUUCAUUACCAGGUGGCGGUUCAAUUUAGACAUAUUUCGUUUCACUUUAUUUUGAUUAUACGCAAUUAGCAUAAUUCGUGCAUAAUUUUCUCUAGUUUCGUUUGUGUGACGGGUAGCGAGUUUAAGUUAAUU